AUGCCCGCACCAGACCUGUCCGAGUACGAACAACCAGAGUCCACACCAUCUGCUACACCGGCACCAUCCACAAGACCCUCCCUGCCACCAACCCCAGCAGCACCGACUUCAACAACCAAUCGCCGCCAAACCACUGGCCUACCCCGAACAAAUCAACGUUCCCCACUGCACCGCCCUCUGCUCCACGCCGAAACUCUACAUAUCCAAACAGCUCUCAACUCCUCAGGCGACUUGGCAGAUGAGGUUCUGCGUUUCGGCCCCGACAGUGUCUCCAGAGAGUCCCUUCACACUCUCAAACCCGGCAAUUGGCUGACCGACGAAAUCCUUCAUAGCUACAUUGGUCGACUCCUCCAUCGUCACUCGCUUCAAGCUGCUCUCCUCACCACCUACCGACCCAGUGCAUACUUCAAAUCUUUCUUCAUGUUGACCUUGCUACAAGAGUUCUCCCCCGACCCACGACGCAACAACAUCUACAACUACGCCAGAGUAUCCCGGUGGCACAAGCGCCUUCCAAAUGAGGACCUCUUUCAACUCCAACACCUCCUCAUCCCCAUUAAUGUCAACCGAAGCCACUGGAUCUUGACUGUCAUUUACCCACAAGACCUCCGAAUCCAAGUCUACGACCCAUACCAUACCCCCCAACCAGGAUACCUCCAUGCAACGUUUCGAUUCGUCCAAGACGAGUAUUUCCGAUUGCACGGCACUGCACUACCCAACCACCACCAAUGGACCCUCCAACCCAAUGACACCUCUGCUCCCAAACAGUCCAAUGGCUGGGAUUGCGGAGUUUUCAUCCUUGCAUAUGCCGACUGCAUCCUCCGCAACACCACCCCCACCUUCCAGGAGCACGACCUCCUCUUAUACCGACAAUGGAUUGCACUUUCUCUGUUGGAAGGAGCCAUCCCCCUUGGAUGACCCCAUAAUGCAACAAUCUAUGUAGUAGGUUUCCACCUGUAGUGGAAAUGUCUGCGAGCCUCCCCCUCUAGUCGGAGGGAGGUUUUAGAGCAGAUAGUAGUAACUUAUUAGUAGUAACAGUUCCUAGGUGCUGAAAGGCGAAGGGGAGCUCUGCCACUAGUGGCAUCUCGUGUUACCCAACCCCUCUCAGCACCGGUGGAGAUUAACAAAC